GAAAACAAACAAAAAACACAAGUACCGUGGUCUGCGCAAAGUUGAACGGACUACAUCCUCUGGUGCCUGUUCAACAUGCUGAAAGUUGUAUCCUGUGCGAGUGGCCGAUGGGCAGUUUUUACGGGACAUACCGGCUAUCGGCCCCAAUUUUCGGCUAAAAUCCACCUGGCGAGCGGUGCAUCAUGUCAGAAAUCAGACUUGAGAUUCUCUCGCACAGAUAUACCAGAGAUGCCUUCUUGCAGUUUCACUCCAGAGGAAUAUAAGGGAAUGUCAAAAGCAAGAAUGAUAGAGGUCCGCAAACAGAACUGCAACCCCAUGACCAUGAAAGUUACAUACUACAAGAAACCAGUGUUCAUCCAUCAGGGGUACAUGCAGUAUCUGUGGGAUGUGGAUGGGACCAGAUAUCUGGAUCUGUUUGCUGGUGUGGCCACUGUCAGUGUGGGCCACUGCCACCCGAAGGUAACUGCUGCUGCUGAAAAACAGCUGAAAAAACUUUGGCAUACUACUUUCAUUUACGUCUACCCUACUCUCCAAGAGUACUGCGAGAAACUUGCCUCCUUUUUGCCUGAUCCUCUUAAGGUGGUUUUUCUGACAAACAGCGGCUCUGAAGCAAACGACCUUGCGAUGUUCAUGGCUCGUCUCUACACUGGAAAUUUUGACAUAAUCACUUUCAGAGGAUCAUAUCAUGGUGGCAGCCCGAUGGCCAUGGGUCUGACAUCCAAUGCAGCGUACAAAUACCCUGUUGCCAACGGUUUAGGUUGUACAAAUACGAUGUGUCCGGAUGUGUUCAGAGGUCCUUGGGGAGGAAGGCACUGCAGGGACUCACCUGUGCAGACUACCAGAGACUGUAGCUGUGCUCAAGGUCACUGCGCAGCGAAUGAGCAAUACAUCAGACAACUUAAAGAGACAUUAGCUACAAGCGUCCCUCCUAGAAUUGCUGCUUUCUUCGCAGAACCUAUUCAGGGAGUUGGAGGAGCUGUUCAGUAUCCUAAAAACUACCUCAAGGACGCUUUCAAGCUUGUAAGAGAGAGAGGAGGGAUCUGCAUUGCUGAUGAGGUUCAAACUGGAUUUGGACGAACUGGAAGCCACUUCUGGGGUUUCCAAGGACAUGAUGUCAUCCCUGACAUGGUUACAAUGGCAAAGGGCAUUGGUAAUGGAUUCCCUAUGGGAGCUGUUGUUACAACACCAGAAAUUGCUAAUUCUUUUACCAAGGGAGUGCAUUUUAACACCUUUGGUGGAAAUCCUGUGGCCUGUGCCGUUGCUUCAGCAGUGCUUGAUACAAUCAUAGAGGACGGCACACAGAAGAACAGUCUUGAUGUGGGCACCUAUCUGAUGACAGAGCUGGCAAAACUUCGAGACAAGUAUGAAAUCAUUGGCGACGUCCGUGGAAAAGGGCUUCAGAUCGGUGUGGAAAUGGUCAAAGACAAGACCAGCAGAGAUCCACUGCCUCCUGAAGACUUUGCCGAGAUCUUUGAGGAUGUUAAAGAUAUGGGAGUCCUCAUAGGCAAAGGAGGAGUUUAUGGACAGAUCUUCCGCAUCAAACCCCCCAUGUGCAUCACAAAGGAAGAUGCAGAUUUCUUCCUGGCGGUUUUUAACAAAUCUGUCCACAACUACAUGGAGAAAAGAUGAAAGUUUGAUAAAAGGUCAGAUGACUCAGAGGCGAGCCCAGAACCACAAAAAAAAACCAACUAAAAAAGCGAAUAAUCUUUUUAUCCUUAAUAAUGGUUCAAAUAUUACUCUUUGGUACUUCUAAAUUUUGUAGCCCCUAAAACGGGAACAUUUUAAAAGCUACUGUUAAGCUCUUAAUACACUAAAUGUUCUGUACUAAACAUAUAAAUAUAUUUUUCACUGACUAUACAUUAUAUACAUUCUGCUUUCAAUGAAGUCUUUUGUUGAAUCUGUCAUACUAAAUGUCAAAAAAUAAAUUUAGAAUAAAGACUCUGGCUUUUAAUCGGAUUAGUUUACAAUUUUUUUAUCUUAACAUUUUUCAUUUGUGAUCAAUUCAAUUUCUUUAGAUAACACAAUGUAUCUUUGCGUUAUUAAAAAAUGAGAUUUUAUUUAAAUAAUCUAAGAUUGGUGCAAAAAUUUUAUUUUGGUUGUAUCAGGAAUACAAUUCAAAUAUUGCAGCAGCACAUCCUUUGCAGACAGUUUUUAAUUAGAUUGUCAAAAUGGAAUCUGGUAAAACCAGAUUCUUGUGGAAAACUUGUUUUAGUGUCUGGUUACUUGUACUGGAGAUCUUUUGGAGCAUUUAAAAUAUCACUUAAAAGAUAUGCAGUGUGUGCAUCAAGUCAAUAAGUUACAUUGGAGAAGGACACAAUUAACAGUAACCUCACUGGGAAAAAUGGGAGUGUUAUUGUAAAAUUCUUUCACAAAAUGGAGGGUGUAAAAAUGAUUCAAGGGCUGAAUAAUCAUUUUGGUUUUUAUUUUUAUUUCAAGUUUUGUUUCAUAAUAACCCUUUGAAAAGUAAUACCUGUUCUGUGAUGUGUAUAUUAUUAAAAAAAAAUCUACAAAAAUCAAUUUUAAUUUCAGACCGUAAGGUAAGAAAAAACAGAAAAGAUACCAUUGAACAUGGAUAAUUAAAAAAAACACUGUGAAUAGCAUUUACACACGAGUCCACCUUUAAAUACAAUUUAGUUGGAAGCAGCAUUAUACUUUAUGUUUUGAAGUGUUUAUCAGUCCUGAAUGUCUGUCUUUUUAAAAAUAAUGAUGCAAACGGAAUGAUAGUCUUUCUUCAGAAAAGACUAAUUCAUAGCCACUAGUUCAAGGUAAUGAAAGAAGUGUCACAUGACACAUUAACAAAGGACAAUAAUAACAUUUCUGAUCAUACACCAGGACCAAUCUGAACUGGAUUGAAAAAUUUGAGAAAUUGGCAGUUGUUUGAUUAUAUGUACAUGUAUACAUCAUAUAUACAGCACUAUUCAUACAUUUACCCAUGUGAUGCUCUUGUAUACAAACUGAUUGGUGAGACAAGUGAUGGUGACAAUCUGAAGCCUGAAGCUACUGAUGAGUGUCAGACAGUUGAAGGAGAACAGCUGAAUUUGCUGAGGGCAAAUUUUGAAUUUGACUUAGAUUUUGUAAUUAUGCAUUACGUAAUGUGUGUCUAUUUUGUAAAAUCCCAAUUAAACUUGAUUUUUUUGUAUACCUCA